CCAUUGUUACUACAGAUACUCGAAGAAGUUUGCACCGACCUGCUGCACCUAUGAGUUUCUACGUUAAUGACUAGCUGUGGCCCGAGCGAGACAAACGACUUGAUUAUGCCGAGAUAAACAGCCUUUAUCUUGCUCUCUGUCCGAUAAUGGCAUGCGAUGGUUCUUCUAGGGAUGAUUUCCCGGACAAAGUGAUGCCCAGACCACCUCCGUGCACGUGCAACAAGAAGUGCAAGAAUAGGAGCAGCAGUGUUGUCUUCCUGGGAUUAUUCCUGCUGUCGCUGGCUCUGCAUGCUAUCACACUCGUCUGCUAUUUGGAUCUCCGGUCUGAAGUAAAAAGGGAAAUAUUCCACCAGAAAAGAGACUCGAUGUUGACUCUGGGGGGAACUGAUCUGGCCGACCCGGCGUUCUCACCCGGCCACCAGCGAGGAGACUCCGGCAGCCGCGGAGAGGGUCAUGAGGAGAAGUUGCUCCACAGACACAGUGACUUCCAUGCCACAGAGGAUAGCAGGGGCAUAACUCAGCGAGCGAAAAGAAGCGCAAGCAAGCAACCAGACACAGAAUCAACUGGAAAGGAAAGAAAGAAAGAGAAGAAAAAAGGGAGGAAAAGGCCUCCAGGCGCACAAGGACCUCCCGGUCCCCCUGGUCCCCCGGGCCCACAGGGGCCACCGGGCAUCCCAGGAAUCCCUGGCAUUCCUGGGAGCAAUGCUGUGGGGCCAGCAGGACCGCCUGGACCCCCUGGCCCUCAGGGGCCUCCAGGCCUUCAAGGUCCAGCAGGGGUUGCUGAUAAGACUAAAGGAAGGGAAUUCCAGCCAGCAGUGGUUCAUUUGCAAGGGCAGGAAACAACCAUUCAAGUGAGGGAAGAUCUGUCUGAAGGUGUCCUUAGGAACUGGAAGAUGGUGUCCAUCCACCACCGUGUGUUUAAGAUGCACUCUCGCUCUGGAGAGCUGGAGGUGCUGUUGGACGGUGUCUACUUCAUAUAUAGUCAGGUAGAAGUGUACUACCUCAACUUCACCGACAUUGCCAGCUAUGAGGUGAUGGUGGACUCGACUCCAUUCCUACGCUGCACCUGCAGCAUUGAGACAGGCCAGCGUAAGUUCAACACCUGUUACACGGCUGGGGUGAGUCUGCUGCGUGCCGGCCAGAGGAUCUCCAUACGCAUGGUCUAUGAGGACACACUUAUCAGCAUGACCAACCACACUACUUUCCUGGGAAGUGUCAGACUUGGAGAGGCUCCAUCUGCUGGACACAACUGAUAACUACACAGCCACCAGCCCCUUGUUCAGAGUACUAAAUGGAGGUUGCUUACAAUGGUCAAAUCAGUCCAGUUGUGCUGUCUUUUCACCCCUCAAGGAUUGAUAAAUUGAUUAGAUCUGAGUUUAGCAGCAACUUCUAGCUGAAGUCUUGCCAUUUCAAACGCUAUUACAAAGAUACUGUAAACCUUCUGUUGAUAAAUUUUGAGGAAGUCUGUUGUUGACUUUUGUUUCACAGUUCUGCAUUUGAAAGGACAAUAUAGACUGUCAUGCUUCCUAUGACACAGUCUGUGCAAAACGACAAGCCUUGAUGAGCCAAAUGUCCUUUUUCUCAUCAUUCAAACAUUCUUAUUUAUAGUCAUGAUUUUGUUUCAACACAUACAGCAUCUCUCUAUUAUCAAGGAAGGACACUGCGCUGAAAGAUACUUAAUAUUUACGUACUUUAAGUGCUGUUGAAUGAUAAUCUUGUAUCUCCAAAAACAUCAGCUAUUCAGAAAAUAUGAAAAGAAACAUUUUACCUUCAGUAUACCUUGCCUUUUUAAAAAAUUAUCUUAAGGGCUUAAAGUGGUUUAAAAAGUGGUUUUACGUUCUCUAGGACCCUGGGUCAUAAAAAUGACUUAGAAUAUACAACAUGAUGUAACCCUUCGGUGCAAGUACAAAGCAAAUCUAUCAAAACUGGAGUUAUAAGGUAUUCACAGGACAACAGCACUAUAUAUUUGCGCACAUUUGCACUACAGCAUCCCUGCAGAAUAUCAGAGUGAUAUGUUUUGUUACAAUGCUAUUGUUUAGUUACCGUAUGAAUGAAUCCAUGUUGAAAAAUUAGUUAUGUUUAUAUGUCUGUACAUACUGUAUAUAAAAUGGGAUAUACUUUUGUAAAUGGAUUUCAUUGAUGGAUUAAAAUGUUUCAUUUUCUGUCUAAAAG